UGAAACUCAGUCUGUACUGCUCAGAAGCCACUGGAUAUGACUGCUACCAACCUCCAGCAAAAUGCAGGCCAAAGGCAGUUCAGCGCCAAAGAGGAGAGAAAGCUGCGGAAACCCCUCAUUGAGAGAAAGAGAAGGGAAAGAAUAAAUCACUGUCUAGAUCAGCUGAGAGAGAUGGUAGUUGGAGCUUUUAGGCUUGAUCAGUCUAAGUUAGAGAAGGCUGAUAUUCUUGAGAUGACGGUGAAACAUUUGCAGAAUAUCCAGAGCAAUAGAGUUUCUGACCAUAUUCUGGAUGCAGAGGCCCAACAGAGGUACAGUACUGGAUAUAUCCAGUGCAUGCAGGAAGUUCACAACCUUCUACUUUCAUGUGACUGGAUAGACAAAACCUUGGGGUCCCAUCUGCUCAACCACUUACUCAAAUCUCUACCUCGAUCAGCUAAGGACUGCCCUCAGCUCCCCAAGAACUCCCAGACAAGAAUUUCUUCUAACCAUAGCGACUACAUAGGUUUCCAUGCUGAUGAGUUUGAGAGUCCAAAAACCUGCCCUCCUUCUCCUGUCUUGUGUGAUAGGGCUGCCCAAUCUCAGAAUCAGUGUUCUACUCCCAUGAGAAUGCCACAUGAUGUGAAGAGCCCACACCUCUCAGUUCUAAAGAUGUGGAGGCCCUGGUGAAAUAUCUGUGAUUUGGCAGUGUACAACUCAAGUCAAGUCACCUUUUUAUAUAGUGCUUUUAACAAUACAGAUUGUGUCAAAGCACUUUAAAGUAUUAAAACUGUUAACUAUGGUGUCUUCAUAUGUAUGUUUAUGUAGUACAUAUGACUUACCUGGACAAUAUGUACCGCUUUGUAUGAAUGUCAAAUGAAUAAGUAUGCUGCCAGUCUGCACAAACGCAGAGCUGUAUACACCCAGUUUGUGCUGACUGUGUUAGACCCUCCUGUAAUAUGUAUCUUAUAGAUAUGUUUGACUGACCAGAAUAGUGCCCAUUUCAGACCCUCUCUACUUCCUCUCUGAAGUAAAAGCUACUGUAGCCUGCAUUGUAGAAGGCCCUAAUAAUAAUUUUAUUUUUUUAAUUUUCACUAAAUAUUUAAUAUUUAACUAAAUUAAACACAUUCUUUAGCUACUAAUACUGUCAUGUUUGAUUCCUUAUCACUUCUAUGUACAGUUUUAACAGUUAUUAAAAAAGAAAUGU